CGUCCCGAGGUAACCAGAAUCCAACGGCACCGAGGCGCGAUCAACCCGAGCUUGGAUAAAACGUAAAGGGGAAGAACGCAAACCGGCAGUGGCAGCUAAAGAGAAGCACGGACACUAUUUGGAAUCGGGAGAGAGCGAGGUAGCGAGGUGCAGUCAACGGGGAUAAGCUUAUUCUGUCAGUUGAACAGAUGUUGUGUUAUUUGAAUAGCACGCAGACUGGCCAUGUGAAUAGUAGCCUAUUGCAACAUUAACCUGGACAGACAACAGAAAGAAGGCGUUGCAGUGGCGGUCGUGUGUUUAUACACACCUAUAAUAGAGAAGUUGUCAACAUCCGAACAUCUGGGUCUUUGAAGCGAAGCCACCUGUCCUGUAUAGAAGCGCGAACGCCUUUCACAUGAAAACCGUUCAGCUGAAAUGGUGAAGGAUCUCAGGAUACAUUUGGAAUCGUCUUUGGACACCCUUGAAAAGGAAACCUACGCUUUUACAAAUGUGACUCACUGUGAGAAAUAGACUCGCCAGCUGGAACCAAUAACCAACUCUACAAAGUGACACAUUUGGAUACUUGCCGGUGCUCUACAGUAGCCUACGUGCCUGUGUGUCUUUGCAGAGGGGGGUACACCGACCGGACUACGGUAGCGCGAGCUGUCCACGAGCGGGCGGCCGUCCCCGCGCGCCUGCAUAAUAAAUGCCCAUCAGCCGGUCGUGCGAGGCUCUCGAGGCUGAGCGGCAAGAUGAACCCGUGGGUCCUGCUGCUGGCGUCGCUCGCCGCGGGGUGUCUGCGGCUUGGUAGCGCUGAGGGAGAUCCUCUCCCACCAUCGUUAGUAGAGCUGGUGAGAACCAGUCCUAUCUCUUCUAUAGAGGACCUGCAACAGCUGCUGGAGCAACAGACUGACUCCCAGGAGGUGGAGCCAGAUGAACCAUCGGCCAAUGAGAUUCAUUCAAAUGACACCCAUGGAAGAUACAGGAGAAACCUAGUAGAUGCCCAGCCAGCCCAGCAGGCGGUGUGUAAGGUCAGGACAGAGGUCAUGGAGGUCACCAGAGCCAUGCUUGACCGACGCAACGCCAACUUCCUGUUGUGGCCGCCGUGUGUGGAGGUGCAGCGCUGCUCUGGCUGCUGUAACACCAGAAUGCUACAGUGCGUCCCCAUGGUUACUCAGACACGAUAUCUACAGGUAACAAGGAUCCAGUACAUCGAUAAGAGACCCCACUACGACAAGGCGGUGAUCUCAGUGGAAGACCACGCCUCCUGCCGCUGCCAGACACACCCCUCGGCCACAGCUGCAGCCAGGUCCACCUCCCUCCCCCCUCCUCCCCCCAGACUCACCCCCAAACCCCCCUCCCUCUCUAAGGAAGACCUCCAUCGCCAUGACGACAUGAAGGCCAAUCAAAGGUUCCAUGUGGAUGACAGGGGGCAGCUGGAGAGACAGUGGCAGAACAAGUACACCCUGUCACACACACAGCCACGGACACACACUCUGGUGGGGACCGGGCCUGGGAGACACACACUCGCAGGGACACACACACAGACACACCCAAUGGCAGGGGCAGGGAUGCAGGUAGGGACACACACAGGCACACACACACAGACGGGUCCCUCUUCUGAGCUCCCUAUAGGGCAUGGCAGUGGGUAUGAGGGGGGGAGAGGGGAGGAGAGAGGGUCACAAACACCCCACCGCACACACACUGACACACAGCCCAACACAGGAGAGAGGCAACACAUUGACAACACAGAGAGGACACAGGAGAUAGGAAGACAGCAACAACUACAACAGUACUACCAACAACAACAAUAUCUACAACAACAGCAACAAUAUCAACAACAACAACAACAACAGCAACAACAUCAGCAACAUCAACAACAACAGUACCAACCAUACAGCCAAGAGCCAGAGCUCAGGACUCAAUACAAACACAACGCUCCCCAAUCCGACAGCAGCGGACCACCUGACACAAAACAACCGGCCAAUCACAAACCAGAACUGGUCCACAGCAACACAGAACCAACCGAUGAUAAUGGCUCAAGCACAGAGGUGGCCAAUAGAGACGCACUAAAGGAUACAGAGGUCACCAGUCAGAGACAGGCAGCGACAGAAGUGACCAAUCACAGAAAGGAGGACGAUAAAGAGCGACACAGCCAGACAGAGCUGUCCAAUCAGGAACAAAGACACUCAGAGUCGACCAAUCACAAACACCGAGGCUCAGAGUUGACCAAUCAGGGUGACUCUGUCACAGAGGAGGAGAGCAGGAAGAAACUUCUAGAACUCUUACAGAGAGAACUGGGCCAGAAACAACAGCAUCAUCCUCCUCAUCCUCAUCUUCCUCAUCAAGACCAUCGUCAUCCUCACCAUCGUCAGUCUCGAACACAAACCACCACCACACAAAGACCAGUGCCCCCCACGUUGUCCUCCAGCAGGGCCCCAGGGUGGUCCCCCAGCACCCCGUCCCCUCCCCCCAAGCCCCCCCAGGGCCCGUUCAGACCGGCCCUUCCCCGCGGACGCAGGAGGAGGAAACACCGGAGCCGCAUCAGCAAGGCUGCCCUCCGAACCAUGAUCAUGUAGAGAGAGAUGGCCACUGGGUCGACUGUGUCUGCCCACCCAGGGUCGUGUUCAUUAGGCACCAAACGGAAGAAAACGGACUGAAACAGGGACACACACACAACAUGGAAUAAACCCUAAUUUCCUGUUUUAUAAAACAUUGUGUGCCUUAAUGAAUACUGAGGGAUACUGCUGGCUAUGGAUCCUCAGGAUGGACACUGGAGACUGGGCAGCACUUCUGGACUCUACUGCUGGCUAUGGAACCUCAGGAUGGACACUGGAAACUGGGCAGCACUUCUGGACUCUACUGCUGGCUAUGGAUCCUCAGGAUGGAGACUGGAGACUGGGCAGCACUUCUGGACUCUACUGCUGGUUAUGCUAACAAACAUUACUGCAGGCUGUGUCAAACUUUGCACCCCAGAAUGGACUGGUGACCGCUAUGUAGCAUCUUUCUAUAAAAAAUCUGCUAGCUUUAUUUAAACCGCGAUAUCAAGACAAUAGACAAUCUCAGACAGAGACUCUCCUUAGAAAGGAGGUUGUUCUGGAUGUUUAACACUGGAAGUAGAGGGAUGUAACCUUUGAAAAAGGAGCUAAGCAAACUACAUCUCCCAUCAGCCAUUGGCUUGUAUACUUCUAGCCCCGCCUACUUUGAACACUGGCUACCGAUUGGACAGUUAAGGAGGGUGUUCGGCGGAUAUUAUUAGAUCGCUUGCUGCAACAGCCAUUGAUUGGUUGAUUUAGAUGCCAUGGAACACGCCCCUCUCUACAGCUUGACUAUGAUUGGUUGCUGAGAAUAUAACUGACAUCUUAUUGGCCCAAAAUGGUGCUUGAGGCCAUCUAUUUCUAAGAGACAACGCAAAGCUUAGAUGUUGAUAUUUUCACUGGAAUGGACUGGGUUGACUAUGGAAACUGUUCUCAGAUAAACAAUGUUAUCCUACUGGUGUAACUGGGGAUAACUGUCCUGGGAAUAUGACUGGUGUAACUGGGAUAACUGUCCUGGGAAUAUGACUGGUGUAACUGGGAUAACUGUCCUGGGAAUAUGACUGGUGUAACUGGGGAUAACUGUCCUGGGAAUAUGACUGGGGUAACUGGGAUAACUGUCCUGGGAAUAUGACUGGUGUAACUGGGAUAACUGUCCUGGGAAUAUGACUGGUGUAACUGGGAUAACUGUCCUGGGAAUAUGACUGGGGUAACUGGGGAUAACUUUCCUGGGAAUAUGACUGGUGUAACUGGGGAUAACUGUCCUGGGAAUAUGACUGGUGUAACUGGGAUAACUGUCCUGGGAAUAUGACUGGUGUAACUGGGAUAACUGUCCUGGGAAUAUGACUGGUGUAACUGGGAUAACUGUCCUGGGAAUAUGACUGGUGUAACUGGGGAUAACUGUCCUGGGAAUAUGACUGGUGUAACUGGGAUAACUGUCCUGGGAAUAUGACUGGGGUAACUGGGAUAACUGUCCUGGGAAUAUGACUGGUGUAACUGGGAUAACUGUCCUGGGAAUAUGACUGGUGUAACUGGGAUAACUGUCCUGGGAAUAUGACUGGGGUAACUGGGGAUAACUGUCCUGGGAAUAUGACUGGUGUAACUGGGGAUAACUGUCCUGGGAAUAUGACUGGUGUAACUGGGGAUAACUGUCCUGGGAAUAUGACUGGUGUAACUGGGAUAACUGUCCUGGGAAUAUGACUGGUGUAACUGGGGAUAACUGUCCUGGGAAUAUGACUGGUGUAACUGGGGAUAACUGUCCUGGGAAUAUGACUGGUGUAACUGGGGAUAACUGUCCUGGGAAUAUGACUGAGGUAACUGGGGAUAACUGUCCUGGGAAUAUGACUGGUGUAACUGGGAUAACUGUCCUGGGAAUAUGACUGGUGUAACUGGGGAUAACUGUCCUGGGAAUAUGACUGGUGUAACUGGGGAUAACUGUCCUGGGAAUAUGACUGGUGUAACUGGGGAUAACUGUCCUGGGAAUAUGACUGGUGUAACUGGGGAUAACUGUCCUGGGAAUAUGACUGGUGUAACUGGGAUAACUGUCCUGGGAAUAUGACUGGUGUAACUGGGAAUAACAUGAGUAAAGGGGGAUAGAACAUAUGGAUAGUGAAGAACUGAAAGGAGAAGCUCGGUGUAGGGGGAAUGCGCCCUUAGACACUGAUCUCUGGUCAGUUUAGCAUUUUCCUUGCUGAUGGUUAAUGUUAGAUUUGGUGAAGGGGAAGCUGAUCUUAGAUCUGGAACGAGAAGCUCAGGACACAGAGACAUGUCAUUACUACUACAGUAUCUUUCAAUGUUCUGUCUUCACCUGGAUCCAACCAAUCCAAACACUGGAGUAGUUACACACUGGAGCGCAGAUAGAACUAGAAAACAUAGAGGGAAAAGUAGAGGGAGCGCAUAGAGAGCAUUUAAAUAGAACUGUUCUAGUUGUCAUAUAUCUAUUACAGAGAAAAACAGGUAUAGAACUGGAAAACAGAGUGAAAACAUAGAAGGAGAGCAAAAAGAGCAUAGUUGUUGAACAGGUCUAGUUGUUCUCUCUUUGAUAGAGAGAAGCAGAUAUAGAACUGUAAAACCUAGAUUGAAGGACAGUAUUUUUGCACUGGGAGAGCAGAGAAAGAAACAUAUGCCAAACGUCACCAUAGUCACCAUACCAGGAGGCCAUAGACUACUCAGAUGACAGACACUCAACACUGGCUCUAUACCUGACGUUAGAUAGAUGUAUGUUUCAACUUUUUCAACAUAGCCUGGAAUGUGUGGCGGAAAUAUUUCAAGGGAAUUGUUGCUCAGUAGUUCCUCAACGUAGCCUGGGGAGUUGUGUGUUUCAGCUGUAGGGAAGUCUGUUGUCUUUGUCUUGCCAAACACGGAAGCAACAAUGUAGCGUUGUUGACUGACUCAACAGUCAAACACCCAGGUUACAAUAAGGAACUGGAGAUUGUACUGUAUGUCAGGAGAAUUCAACUCUUACCCUACGAGGUCCGGAGCCUGCUGCUUUUCUGUUGUCCCUGAUAAUGAAUUGCACCCACCCCAGGUAUAAGUCAGUCCCUGAUUAGUGGGGAACAAUGAAAAAAAGCAGGUUGAACUGGCUUUGAGGGUCCGGAUUUGAAUUUGAGGGCUGUAGGUCAUUCAUUGUGCCAUAGUGGUUAUGUCUCUCUUCCCCAUCCUGAGACGAGAGCAGGGCUGUCAGCAUCCGUUCCGUGGAGGGCUGUAGGUCUUCUGGUUUUUCUUAUUUUCCCUUUCAUUUGUGUCCAAUUAAGAACUAGACAACCAGCUAAAGGGAAUUUCCUUACUAAUCAGUGACCUUAAUGAAUCAAUCAAGUACAAGGGAGAAGUGAAAACCCGCAGCCACUCGGCCCUCCAGGAACUGAGUUUGUCCCCCCCGGACGACCCCGGGUAUCAGGCUAGAAAUAAAACCAGCUAAGCCAGUAUUUCUCAAUCCUGGUCCUGGGGACCCAAAACAGUGGACAUUUUUGUUUUUGCCCUAGCACUCUAGAACCAGGAUUUGAGAACCACUGAGCUAAGGGAGUGGAGACAGCCAUCACUGGGGGAGAAAUAGAAUUUGGGAUGCUUUGAAAAACAAUGUCAAACUUUUUGGAAUGGCUCUGAGAGAGAAAUGUUCUCCAACACUGUAUGUACUGUACGUGAAAUUAACAUGGUGUUUUUUAUUUCUUAACUUAUUUCAAAUGGAGGAUGUGUCAUUCUCUGGUUCCUAAGUGUAAUUAUUGUUGCUGAUGAUAAUUAUUGUUGUUGUACAUUGUUAUUGUUAAUGAAUGCUAUUUUUAAUAUAAACAUAAAGGCCAGAAUUAUAUUAAUAUAAUGAACGUG